UCUAGCACAGUCUUUCUCCUCCCUGCUGGUACUCCCUAUCGGUGGACGCGCGGGCGCGCGCUUGCGCCUGUGUGCGCGUCGUGCGCGUAUCUGCCCCGAGUCCGCGCCUCGACUUGCUGACAUGGCGUCCUAGCGCUGCACGGGCCAAGUCGCACGUCCUCGGUGGAGAGGCUCUCAACCCCGUCGUCGUCGUCGUCGUCGUCGUCGUCGUCGUCAUCGCCGCCGUCGUCGUCGUCGUCGAAUCGAGUGCAUCACGAGGAUGCCAAGGGGGCGAGACACGAUCGGACGUCUCCUUGCCGCUUCAUCCCUUUUUCGCCCUACUUUUACCCCCUCCCCUUCUGUUCGAAGUAGUUUCCACCAUUCCUCUCCUCCACCUCCCUUUUCGUCCAGCUCGCUCACUCUUUCCCUCUCCCUAUCCCUCUCUCUAUCCCUCUCUCUAUGGCACAGUCGAACAGGAUGCUAUUUUCUUACAAUUCUACGAGUCUACCUUCGUUCUGCCAACCUCGCUUAUAUUCGUCGACAUAUACGCAUGCGCGCUCCUCGUUUGCGCGAUCGCGCGUGGCACUCCAAAGGGUUAAUCUUGAGAGGAAAGGAAAGUGGUAGUAGGAUGAAGGAGAUUGUUGCGGGGUAAGGGGAUGUAAAAGAGAUAGAGAAAGAGGAAAGGAUUGAGAAAAAGAGAGAGGGCGUUCUGCUAAAAAGUAGAAGGGGAAAAGAGAAGAAAAGAGAGCGUAAGCACAGGGCGGAAAAGAGGUUAGUUUCGCGCUUCUUAGAAAAGGAUCAUUGAACGAGUCAAGGCGGGCGCGAGAAAGAAAAAGAGAGGGAGAGGGAAAGGGUACUACGUGGCUUAUCGAGGCGCAUCGACAGCAACGUGCAUCGACGUGGAUUUUCACUCGGUACCAAGAGAGGGUUGCGUAAAUCUUUUCCUCUGCCCGCUCUCUUUUCGUCCCCUUAUCGCUAUUUCUCCCUCCCUCAAUCGUCCUUCCGUCAUAUAACACAUACACAGAGAAAACGAGAGAGAGAGAGAGAGAGAAAGAAAGAAAGAAAGAGUAAAAUAUACAUAACAUACACUCAGCAGGCAGUGAGCAGCAGAAACGCAUGCACGCACGCACGGCAUCGUACGGUGUGGCACGGUUGGUAGAUAGUACCGUCCAUAGGCGCCGAUACGCCCCGGGGUGUCCAGUGAGCCUUGCUUGCUUGCCUCUCUUCGACUUCCUUCGACUCUUUUCGAGUUGAGCCGCCGAACGGAACCGAAUCUGUACGAAUAAUACCGAAUUGCACCGAAGUAAAGUCGAAUAAAAUCGUGUUGAGUCGGAAGGAUUCGAGUGAAAUCGUGUCGUCGUCGUCGUCGUCGUCGCCGUCUUCGUCAUUUCGCCUUCCCUCCCCUUUUUUGAACCCGCUCACCCGUCCGUCGUCCAUCCUCCCUCUAGUGUUCAUUGAGCCACACACGCUUGCUAGUGUUCAGCUCGUGGUUGGAGUCUUCCUUCGUGGGAGAACGUUGUUGUCGCGCUUUUCUAUUUCUCCCUCUCUAUCCUUAUAUAUCUCUCUUUCUCACUCUUUUUAUAUUUCUUAUUUGCUGCUACCCUUUUCCUGGAUUACGCAUUUACUCAUUAUAAGAAAGAGAGAAAAAACAUUGUGCCACGCGGUUUCCUCACUAUCCGUCCAUCUUCUUAUAUCCUUCUAGCGCUUUCCUCAUAUACCCCUACCACCAUCAUCAUCACCACCACCACCGCCACCACCACUACACUACCACCGUUACCACUACCACCGCUACCACUACCACCACUAACACCAUAUCAUCACCACACCGUCCAUAACAGGUGAGUCGACUACGAAUCUUCAUCGUUGGUCGUCUCUUUUCGUGCCGUUUUAACCACCGCGCAUAUCCUGGCUUGUCUUCUGAAAGUUAUGCCCUGAAUGUUUGUUAUUGUGUGAUGAAAUAAGGAUAAGAAAAGGACAAAAAACAAAAAAGAAAAUCAAAUUUAAAGUUGUGUGAUAUGUGCCAAUAUGAGGAUGUCGUUAAUAACGACGACGAUAAUUAAAGUGUUAUUCGUUUGUGAUGGACGGACGAAAAAGUGAGCCAAAAAGGCAGCUGAGAAAGAAGGUCGCGAGGGGAUAAGGCAUGAUAUAUCGUGGCCGAUGAAGAAAAGAAUACAUAUACGAGUGAGAGAAAGAGUGAGUGCCUUCGUCAGGGAAGGCGAGAAUAAUCGGCGACGAGGUGGUAGUAGCACCAGCAGAUUAGCAGCAGCAGCUAUAGCAAAAGCAACGAUAGUAGUAGCAGCAGCAGCAGCGCCGGCGGCAGCGCAGCAGCAGCAGCAAGCGACAUAAGAACAAAAAUUAACACCAGGUCUGAUGUUAGCGGAUAUUAACGGUAGCCUGGCGGACCUGAGAAGCGAAGCGAUGGCGUCGCAGAGAUUUUGUCUGCGCUGGAACAACCAUCAGAGCAAUUUACUUUCCGUUUUUGAUCAAUUGCUUCAUGACGAAUCUUUCGUUGACGUUACACUGGCCGUCGAGGGUCAGUUGCUUAGGGCCCAUAAAAUGGUCUUAUCGGCGUGCAGUCCUUACUUUCAGGCCCUAUUCGUUGGUCAUCCCGAUAAGCACCCGAUAGUCAUUUUAAAGGACGUCCCAUACGUAGACAUGAGAAGUCUUCUAGACUUCAUGUAUCGCGGUGAAGUGAGCGUCGAUCAGGAUAGGCUAACAGCCUUCCUGAGGGUUGCGGAAUCUUUAAGGAUAAAGGGCCUGACAGAAGUGAACGAGGACAAAUGCGACUUGCCCAGCAUCACGUCAUCACUUCUUGGCAAUCAAAACACAGUACCUCCACCACCUCCGAACCUUCACCGAAUAAACCAAAUUGGACCUCACCAUCAUGUAUCUCAAAAGAGGUUCCAUCAUAUGUCGAGCCAUCCGUUACUUGGUUCAGCGUUAACAGCGCCAAAGAGGAAAAGGGGUAGGCCGAGGAAGUUAAGCGGCUCCUCGGACACACCAAUUGGCGAGGCUAGUACCGGACAAGAUCUACAAUCUUGCUCGAGUACCGAUCUUGUACAAGGUUCACCCGAGAUGAUGGAGAUGAAAAUGGGCAUAGAUUUCCAGAGUGAGACUACUGGUAAUAAUAGGAGUGGUUCUUCGACCGGUAACAAUGUCAACAGCAACAACAUCGGUAAUUCGGCCUCGGCGGCGGCCAAUUUGGCUGCCAGUUCGUUGUCAUCCUCGAGAAAGGACGAACCUACGGAAAAUGGUACAGAGACCCAUGAAUCGUUAACGCCUAGAGUUAAAAGAGAACCAGAACCAACGCCCAGUACUUCUGCGCAAGCCUCGGAGGAAACGUUCGCGCGGCCGCAUAGUAGACAAGGGAGCGAAAGUUUCAAGCAAGAUCAACUUCCAAAUUUACCGAGCGACAUCACCUUCGAGAUUUGCACCUCAUCGUCGUCCUCCUCGUCACCACCGCCAAUUGCAGCAGCCCCUCAGACGACUACCACGACGACGAUGACGAUGACGACGACGACGAGGUCGGAAGAUGAAAAUGUUUCCGAAUCGACGACGGGUGCUUUCAUCAAGUCUGAAAGAGUUGUCAGCGGGGUUCAUUUUCUCGACGAUCGUGAAGAAGAAAGAGGGGAAUUGUUAUUACCAAAAUCAGAAUCGGUUGACAGCGAACCGGAAGUUAGAAAACAGCUGCUGGAAUACCUCAUUCAAAACGACGGUUCCGUAGUCUGCAAGUGGUGCGGCGAGGUGCUACCGUCUCGAACCCGUUGGUACAGGCAUAAGUACAAGCUACACGUCUCCACCCAGGUCACUCAACCAGCACCGCUGUUUAAAUGCCACAGCUGUAAUGCCUACUUCAAAUCGCGGAAGGGUUACAUUGGUCAUCUGAGUGCGAGACAUUCCGAUAACGAGAACGACGAAAACAGAGAGGAACCGAGCAACAAGAAGACCAGGAAAACGACAGAUCAGAUCGGUAAAGGUCCAGAUUGGGAACAACAAAGAGAGAAGGAAGAAAAACUGGUAGCCGACAUAAUAGAUCGUGUAAAACGAGAAUGCGAAGCUCAAGGUGAAACAGUGACGAGGAGAGGCUAUUCAAGAAGAUCUACGGUCAUGAACAGCUAAGGCCAACCCCUUUCGUCCACUGAUAAUCUUCUUCCUGUGAUUCGGUUUGAAAGACCUCCAUGUUGUAUAAAGAAUAUCGAGGCAUCCUAUUUGAUCGAGCUUCUUCCUCGUUCAGCUCAUCUCGAUAGAUAGACACAAAUAUAUAUAUACACAUUACACAUUUAAAAAACAAGAAAGACACAUACACACACGUACCAAAGAUAUUCGAUUAGUUAGAGAAACUCGUUUUAACUCUGAUUAAAUCGAAUAAGAUUAUUAUUUUUUGUCGAUUUUUCUCGAAAGUAUCCUCGAAAGAUAAAAAAGAGGAUUUUUGUUCUCUCGUUAAUCAAUUCGUAUUGCCACAAUCAACUUUAGCAAUCAACGAGCAAUGAUUUUCUCUGUAAAUAGGAAAGAGAGACGUUGUGCGGACGAUGUUUUUAAAUAAUUGAGUUUAUUACUUGGGCGCCAUGGAUUCGAUACGAUUCACAAAAUGCGCUGCAAAAAAAAAACAAAAAAAAAGAAAAUGGAGGUAAAAUAUAAUUAAAAUAAUGAGCAAAGAGAACAAAUCUAAACGAAUGAUAAUGAGAAAGAGAAACAUUUAGUGCCAAAUAUAUGUAUCUUCCUGGACGUAAAACGCGUCGUCUAAUUUCGAAACAAAAACCGUUCUUAUAAUUACGAUUAUUAUUAUAAUAAUUAUAAAUUAAUUUUUUUUUUAGCGUUAUUAUUAUCGUUAAACAAAUAAAUAGCCUCUUUAUUAUGGGGCUGUGGCCAAAAAGAGAAAACAUAUUAAAUACGCGAGGUUGCGUUUGGUUUUCUUUUUCACUGUGUCUCGAUCGAUACGUAUCCUAGUUAAAAAAGAAACAAAAAAGAGAAAAAUCCGUAUGAAACGAUGUAAAUAGGAUGUUAAAUAGUCAGAAAUGUAAAACAAACAAACAAACAAACAAAAUGAUUAUGAUGAUAAUGAUGAUGUCUCUUUUCCUAAUACGGAGAGACUACUCUACGGUCAUAUUUCACUGUGCGAUCUACGUAUUUUAAAAACAAACAAACAAAAUC